GGUGCAAAAGAAUACACAUAUAAUGUAGCCGCGUUAACUAAGAAAUUUUCUGGGCACAGACGGCAGUUUCAAGUAACGAAAAAAAAGUGGACGAUAGAAAAAACGCGAAAAAAGUAGAGUGGGCGAUUAAUGGUUGAAUAAGCAAAUGGUAUUAGAUAUGGAUGAAGCACACCAACUAACACGCAAAUGUUAUCCAUAUACACUGCUACGCAACGUGCACAAAUUGCUGCCACCACCAAAAACAACUGCUGCAGCUGAACCCAACGUCACUUUGUAUACGAAAGGAGAUUUUUCAUACUUUCACUACAAUUGUGACGGUUUCAAGGACAUCGGCUGGGGUUGUGCCUAUCGCACGCUACAAUCCAUAUGCUCAUGGAUUGCUGGGAAACGCGGUGCUACGGAUUUGGAUGUGCUAGUGCCAUCUAUAAAAGAAAUGCAACAAGCGCUCGUGAAGAUCGGUGACAAAACAAAUGAUUUUGUUGGCUCACAUGAUUGGAUUGGUGCCAUUGAAGUGUUUUACUUUUUGGAUGCACUCUACGAUGUUGUGUGCCGUAUAAUACACAUUGCAAGCCACGAGGAUCUAAAGAAAUAUGCAAAUGUAUUGAAAAAAUAUUUCGAAGAUUAUGGUGGUUUAGUGAUGAUGGGUGGCGAUAUGGACGCUGGAGCGAAAGGCAUCGCAGGAGUACAUAUUAGCGGCAAUCAAGUUUAUUUACUAGUCAUUGAUCCCCACUUUAUCGGCGUGCCCAAGUCUGUGCAAGAACUAGUUGAACGCGGCUACAUACGUUGGCAGCACACGUCGGAAUUUGUUGAUAGUUCCUUCUAUAACAUUUGUUUACCUCAACUUAAAUAAAAUAUCAGAAAAACAAGAUGCCAAAACAUGAAAACACCUGGACAAUACACAUAAUUGUAUUAUUCAUUUGUUAAAUGUCCAUAUCCAAAAAAAAAAAAAAAACAUAUGAAACUGUUGCAAUAGUAUUACUUAAUAAAAAUUGAAUUGCUUUUAUUACAGCGAUGCCAAAAAACGUUAAAUAAAUUUAAAUACAUAUAUAAUUAUUUUGAAACAAACCAAAA